AUGAGACAAAACAGGCUCCUCUCAAUUAUCCUCCUACUGCUCGCCUCGGGCAUCGCAUACAUCCCAUACUCCUCUCAGCCAUCACAGAGUCGACGCUCAAUCGCACAAGACCAGACCCUAGACAAUGUAAUCCCGAACAGCGUGCUUUCCAGCUCAUUACGACCGCGAGCGCAAGAGCAAGGAGCGGCCAAUUUCACAUUCAAAGAGCUCUAUCGAAUGCAGAAGAAGUUCCUCGAUGCAUUCAUAUAUCCUGCAAACCAGAAAGAGGCCAAGAAGAUCAACUCAACCAUCUUCUCAGAGGACGUCCAAGGUCGCGUCGAUAUCACACGUACCUUCUCCGGCCGCGAGCUGAAUACCGAGUACAUCUUCGGUCUUUUCUCGAACCUAGCUGCCUCCUCAAACGACACAAAUGCGUUCUCCCUGUUGGGCUACGCAACAUCCUACAAGAUCCUCCAUUUCGCUGCCAGUCAGAACAUUGCUUCCGCAUCUACAAUAUUCCAAUUUACCUUCCCCAUCCUCCCCACCCCCGUCCCUCUCGUCAUCGACACCUGGAACGUCUUCAACGCCCAAGGCCAAAUUUCCAUGUAUGACGCGACAUUUAAAUGGUGGGACUGGGCUGUGGACUCGCUCUUCGCCUCGCUCUCCCAAAAGUACAAUGCCACUCUACUUCAAACAGUGCAACUCGCAACCCAAAAGAUCGCAGGCAGUAUCUGUGACAUCGCGAUCAAGCAUUGCAAUGGCACCAACGCGCAGUACGAGAGUAUGCAGCAGUGCGAGGACUUCUUGACGAAGAAGGUUGCUUUUGGCAAAUCUUACCAACUGGGUACGCCAGGCCGCAAUACCCUCCUCUGCCGCAUGGUACACCAGAACAUGGUACCCUUCCGCCCUACGGUACAUUGCCCCCAUAUCGGUCCCUCGGGCGGCGGGUACUGUGUCGAUGAUAAGAGCUACGGCGAUGUGGUUGGUGAUAUGUAUUUCUCGAAUAUGCCGUUUGGGUAUUCGGAUCGGGGUGCGCUUUGA